CUCAUCAAAAUAAACAAAAUAAACUUGCAGGAAUGUGGCGAGAAACGGAGGGAGCAGUUAAAAAUUCCUUAAAACACGAGGGUAAAAGACGUAAGCAGGAGAACGAAGUGAAAAUCUGUUGAGUGAACAUCACCCUUCGAGCGUAGUGAAGAUCCUCAUCUUGUGGACACUGAUCUCAAUUACCCUGAAUCAGCCGAGUGCAUGGGCCAUGGACACCAGACAAGGAGAACAAGGGAAGAACUAGAAAGUGAUAACGAAGAAAAGCCAACUCAGAACAACCGACAACAAAGAAGCCAGAUGGAAAAGCCGCAAGAACCCCAUCCAGCAACAGGCAAUAAAUACGGAGGUGCAGAUCAACCAUCUACAAUAAAGUUCUACAUACUGAGACGCAAAGAUUUUCCUACAAACAACUAAAUUAAUUGAUAUAAUUUAAGAAACAAGAAGCCCCCCAAAAAGAGGAUCCAGGGGAUAUAGACAACAACAGUCUAAAACCUUAUAACAAGAAAGAAGAAGAAAUGGAGGGAGCAGUUUAAAAUUCCGUAAAGGAAGAGAGGAGGAGGAGAAAUGGAGGGAGAAGAGGGCAGUAAUUGCCUGGAAAAUGAAUCCCCCGGCUGUCAGGUUGAUCUGAAGUCAUCUAUAGACAACUUGAUACAAGAAGUGGCAACGCAGGAAGCAAUUGGAUCAGUUGACCCUAAUGCCCUUGUCACGCAGUUACUUAACUCUGCAACAGUUCAAUCUAUGCUUCAAAGGGUGUCAGUUGGCAGUAGAGGCGAUAAGAAUAGAGGAGGUUCACAUAGCAACCUUCCACCUCAGGUUCAAGAAAAAUUGGAGCCUGGACAUCGCUAUUUAUAUGUGCACGUUGCUGGUGGACGGGCUUUUGUAGAUCACCUGGAUGAGGAAAAGAAUAAAACAUCCAGCCAAUCUACUCUUCUAAUCGUCUUGCAAUUCAUGAGUCAGAGAUUUGAAAUAAAAGGAAUUCCUUGUUCAUGUGAUCCUGAAAUCAAUAAAGGCCACCUUUUUGACCUGCAAGAACUUCGGAAAGGAUGUGGCAGCAUAUUAGGUUGUAAUGAGCUUCUGACAACUGAUUCCCCUUUGUUGGUUCUCUUAUUAAGAUGUGAAAGAAGAAAUGCAGUGAGGAACCUUAUCUCCGUCUAUAAGCUUGAGUGGCGCUCUCUCUUGGCACAGACCUCGGGCCAAGAAAAGUUUGUUUGCCAACUGAUGGGCAUUGGUUAG